AUAGCCGGAUGUCCCUGCGAGUCGCGCGAUAUUAGCACCAACGAGACUUCGGAAUGUUCUUUUCCCCGGAACAUCAGGCAAGAUGGCGGAUGUCGAGAUCAAGAAGAAGCGUACCUUUAGGAAGUUCACCUACAGAGGUGUGGACUUGGACCAGCUUCUGGACAUGUCCUAUGAACAGCUGAUGCAGCUGUACUGCGCCCGCCAGAGGAGGCGGCUUAACCGUGGCCUUCGCCGCAAGCAACAGUCCCUCCUGAAGCGCCUGCGUAAGGCCAAGAAGGAGGCUCCCCCGAUGGAGAAGCCCGAGGUGGUGAAGACUCACCUCAGGGACAUGGUCAUCCUGCCUGAGAUGGUUGGCUCCAUGGUCGGAGUGUACAAUGGCAAGACCUUCAACCAGGUUGAAAUCAAGCCUGAGAUGUGCGGCCACUACCUGGGGGAGUUCUCCAUCACCUACAAGCCAGUCAAGCACGGUCGCCCCGGUAUCGGAGCUACACAUUCUUCCCGUUUCAUCCCACUGAAGUAGAAUGGCUGCUGUCUUUGUAUAAAUAAAAUUGAGGUCCCCACA